AGAGAGAGAGAGAGAGAGAGAGAGAGAGAGAGAGAGAGAGCAGGUGGUGCUGUAGACCGUUGCCCUGUAUAUAGAGAGGUUUUUUUGUGCAUGGGUGUAAGUUCAUGUGUGUGUGUAUGCGUGUGGAGUAGCCGUGCAGGAAGGAGCAGGGUGCCACAGCAUAGGCAGGAUGGCAGAGAGCACAGACAUGGACCAGCUGCUAAGUGCCUUUAAGAAGUUUGCUGUCCAUGGAGACACCAAAGCGACAGGGAAGGAGAUGAACGGCAAAAACUGGGCCAAACUCUGUAAGGACUGCAAAGUUAUUGACGGCAAAAACGUCACGUCCACCGAUGUAGAUAUUGUCUUCACUAAAGUCAAGGCAAAAACAUCUCGGGUGAUCACUUAUGAGGAGUUUCAGAAAGCUCUGGAAGACCUGGCCCUGAAGAAGUUCAAAGGUCAAAGCAAGGAAGAAGCAUUGCAGGCCAUACACAAGCUGAUCGAGGGCAAGGAACCUACCAAUGUUGGUGUAACGAAAGUGGCGAAGGGCGGAGCAGUGGACAGACUAACAGACACUUCCAAGUACACAGGCUCUCACAAGGAGCGCUUUGACGAGAGUGGCAAAGGCAAAGGAAAAAGCGGACGUGAGGAGAUCGUAGAGAACACUGGCUAUGUAGCAGCAUACAAGAAUGCAGGGACUUAUGAUGAGAAGACCAAAACCAAGUGAAGGUUGCUAGGCUAGUGGAACACGUGAGGAAUCGGGAAGAGCUCCAUUUCCAUCAGCACUUACAUCUGGACCAAAGGCAGACCUGAACUUUGUCAUGGUGGAAGCCAGUGAAUGUCAGGAAAUUAUGUAAACAGCUGUGUCUGGGAUCUCCGGAUGCAGUUAUUUAGUUACAUCAAUGUUACUGUUCUGUUGUUUUAAGAUGUUACUGCACAAUAUGUCUUCAAAUGUUAACACAUCUUUCUAAAUCUGGCUAAUUUCGUUCAUACCAAAGUAAAACUAAUUAAAGUGAAUUUUUUUUUUCAUUUUGAUUUUCCCAAUUUUAGGUUUUUCCUGUUAAUGAAGGUGAUCCGCCUGGUCACGAAGCACUGGAUGAUGAAUUUUUCAUUCAUUAAUUGUAACUGUUUUCAUUUCUGAGUUCUUUUUAUUUCUUGGAAUAGAACUCAAGCAGUAAAGAAAAAUAAGCCAUUUAAAUGCAGACUUCUAUAUAUGAAAAAUGAUUACAGACAAAUUGGAAACUAGUGAGCAGUGGCGUAGCCAGGAACUCAUUAUGGGGAAUGAGGACAUAUGCUAAAUAAAAUGACUGCAUGCAAUUUAAUUGAUAACAUACUGUGACAUGGAUGGGAGGCAGUAGUAGAAUCAUCCAAUGGCAAUCUACCAAUCUUGCCAAAUGAAUAAGAUUAAUAAAUAUAGUAAAUAAAAUACCCUUAUAACAGUUUUACGAUAGUAAUGAAUGAAAAAAAAAAGAAGUUUUACCUUAUAAAACCAGAUAUAACCAGACUUCACCUGUCACCUUGACAUCCCUUCGCUCAGAGUGUAGAUAGCUGGCUAGAGGCUUUCAAACAGAAACGGAAAAAAUGCAUAAUCCAGUUUCUCACCAUAGUAGCUGGUAGCUUAUAAAAUGUUAUUAAACAAAGAAGUAAUGCAUUCAUUUGACAUCUGGGGUGGUUAAAUAUGGAGGUAACUUCGUUGACCUUUUAUGAACGUCAUUGUAGCACAGUUACUGCGUUAUACGGCAUGUAUGUAAUUAGCUGCACUGUUUGUGUGUUAGCAUGUGUUUAACAUAACAAGCAUUUGGAACUGUAAUAAAAUAAUUCAGGGGGUUUCAAACCCAAAACUAGCUAUGCCACUGCUGAGGAAUCUUGUUAUACUAUACAAUCUUUGACAAAAAAGGUUAAAUCAUAAUACCCUUAAGGAUUGUUUGGUUCCUUUAUAAGAAGCUAAGAACCCUUAAAUAUCCAAAGAAUCCCUUGAAGUAUCCUUAAAGAGUGUACUGUACAUAGAUUAAUGCGAAAUUAUCAACCAUUAUUCAUUUUUCAGUGGAGUUUUGAUGUGAUGCAAAUGUAAAAUUCUGUUCAGACAGUUUUGUUUGACCACAGAGACACAGUUCAUACCUCUGCCAAAUGACAGAGAAACUUCAUGACUAGGACAUUUUCCUGAUUAUUGAGGUCUGAAUUUUGAUGAAAAAUAGAGCAAAGGCUCUAGUGAGGAUGACCUUCCUUUCACCACUAUUAGUCACUAUAUGUUUACAGACAACAGUGCUAGAGGUGUACAUUAAAGUUACAGCUGGUUUAAUUAUAAUCUCA